ACAUUUUCAGAGUGUGGGUCAUAAGAACUCCCUCUUGCCAUGGCUGGUCAACCACUUUGGGCGAAGACUGUCUCCAGUGCUGUCGCGGAGAAGAGCAGUCUAGGCCAAGUCUUGAUCUUGGCCCUGCAGAAAGCAUGGCGCAGUGGUUCGGCUGGAUUCGUGGCUGGGACAAUGCAGGUGCUGGCGUUCAUGUGGCUGCGCACUGCGAUGAAUUAUCAGUACAAGUUCGGCGGAACUUUGUUGGAGGUCUUGAAGAAGCUUUGGGCUGAAGGAGGCCUCCCACGCCUCUACCAGGGCCUCUUCCCGUGGGCGAUUUUCCAAGCGCCGCUCUCCCGCUUCGGCGACGUGGCCGCCAACGAUAUGGUCUUGGUGCUCAUUCCAGCCUUACUGCCCCAGGUUCCUGUGAGCAUCUCCACUUUUGUGGGCUCUUUGUCUAGUGCUGCAUGGCGCAUCGUCAUCACCCCAGUAGACACCUGCAAGACCAUCCUCCAGACCGAUGGCUCCAAGGGCUGGGUCAUGCUGAAGGAGAAGAUGGCGAAAGGUGGUGUCACAGUGCUGUGGGCUGGUUGGGAAGGGAACUACAUGGCGAACGUGAUUGGCAACUACCCAUGGUUUGCCACGAUGAAUGUGCUGCAGAAGCACGUUCCUGUCCCAGAGGGGAACUUCAUGAAGCUCGUGAGGAGUGCCUUCAUUGGAGCAAUUGCCUCGUCAAUCAGCGAUGUGGUGGCGAAUUCCAUUCGAGUGAUCAAGACCAAAAAACAAACCAGCAACGACAACUGCAGCUACUUCUCCGCGACGCAACAGAUCAUCGAAAAGGACGGGAUCUCGGGUGUGUUCUUCCGCGGACUGAGCACUCGAGUUUUCACCAACAUCUUGCAAAGUGCCUUUUUUACCGUGCUUUGGAAGUACCUCUCAUCGAAGUAGAGGCCGUGCGGGCCACACUCCAAGACGCGGAGAUGGGGUAUCAACCUGGGACGUUCGGUCAGCAAGCCAUUUCUGGAUCUCAGGUGGUUUACCGGAUUUCUUCCAUCCCAGUUCGCCCGAUCUUCCACCAGAUCCGCGUGUGGUCGCCGCUCGUUGUGCCACCGUGCCGUGCUGGAAAAAAAAGAGAGAACGCGCGAUGGCGUGAAAAGGGUGGAGGGAGGUGGAGAGCGUGUUUGAGGUGAAGGCGUGUGAGGUAUCUCUUUGAGCGAUCGACGCAAGUGACCAGUGACCCGCGAGGCGAACGCCUGGGUCACGCCGCUAGGAUGAAGGGCUGGGAUCACGGCCGUUUGGAGGUUCAACGGUUUUCAGAUCAGCUGCCCUAAGAAUCCGAGCGGGCUGU